CCCCGCCCACCGCCAGGGGGCGCCGCAGGCUGCCCGGCACUCGGCUCGCCGCCGGGAGCGCCAGCGCGGGCAAGCGGCGGAGGCCGGCCUGGGGGCGGCCAUGGACCGCUUCGUGUGGACCAGCGGCCUCCUGGAGAUCAACGAGACCCUGGUGAUCCAGCAGCGGGGAGUGCGCAUCUACGACGGCGAGGAGAAGAUAAAAUUUGAUGCUGGGACCCUCCUUCUUAGUACGCACCGUCUAAUUUGGAGAGAUCAGAAAAAUCAUGAAUGCUGCAUGGCCAUUCCUCUUUCCCAAAUCGUGUUCAUUGAAGAACAGGCAGCUGGAAUUGGGAAAAGUGCCAAAAUAGUGGUUCAUCUUCACCCAGCUCCUUCUAACAAAGAACCUGGCCCAUUCCAGAGUAGUAAGAACUCCUACAUCAAGCUGUCCUUCAAAGAACACGGCCAGAUUGAGUUUUACAGGCGUUUAUCAGAGGAAAUGACACAGAGAAGAUGGGAGAAUAUGCCAGUUUCCCAGUCGUUGCAAGCAAAUAGAGGACCCCAGCCAGGAAGAAUAAGGGCUGUAGGAAUUGUAGGUAUUGAAAGGAAACUGGAAGAAAAAAGAAAAGAAACUGACAAAAACAUUUCUGAGGCCUUUGAAGACCUCAGCAAGCUAAUGGUCAAGGCUAAGGAAAUGGUGGAGUUAUCAAAAUCCAUUGCUAAUAAGAUUAAAGACAAGCAAGGUGACAUCACAGAAGAUGAGACCAUCAGGUUUAAAUCCUAUUUGCUGAGCAUGGGAAUAGCUAACCCGGUUACCAGGGAGACCUACGGCUCGGGCACACAGUACCACAUGCAGCUGGCCAAACAGCUGGCUGGAAUAUUGCAGGCGCCUUUGGAGGAACGAGGGGGAAUAAUGUCACUCACGGAGGUGUACUGUUUAGUAAACCGAGCUCGAGGAAUGGAGUUGCUCUCACCAGAAGAUUUAGUGAAUGCAUGCAAGAUGCUGGAAGAGCUGAAAUUACCUCUCAGGCUCCGUGUGUUUGACAGCGGCGUCAUGGUAAUUGAACUUCAGUCCCACAAGGAGGAGGAAACAGCGGCCUCAGCCUUGGAGACGGUUUCAGAAAAGGGAUCUCUAACAUCAGAAGAGUUUGCUAAGCUUGUGGGAAUGUCUGUCCUCCUGGCUAAAGAAAGGUUGCUUCUUGCCGAGAAGAUGGGCCAUCUUUGCCGAGAUGACUCAGUGGAAGGCUUGCGGUUUUACCCAAAUUUAUUUAUGACACAGAGCUAAGAGUUUUGUAUUUGAAAUAACUUGUUACCGGGAUACUUGCAUCAUGUAGAGGUUGUAUGACAUUGAGCUAAGGGUAAACCCUGAUAAACCGAGAAUUUACUGGAACUUCGCAGUAUAAUAUAAAACCCUUUUAAUUUCUCCCUAAAUAUUAUGAUCCAGGAAGCUUCUUUAGGAUAAAUAUAGGAAAAUAUAGAAAGAUGAAUGCCAAUAUGAAUUCGAAAUCAUGCUACAGUUGUAUAGAAACCCUCCGAGUUUAACUUGAAAUAUGGUGGAUUUUAACUUGAUCUUCAAAUCUGACCGUUUUUGAAAGAAGAGAAUUUAGUUCAUGGGGGAAGAAAGAGAGAAGUUGCAUGUUUGGACAGGUUAGAUCAUUAUUUUGGUGUGACUAAAAUUCACCUGAAUUAUAAAUGAAGUUUUUCUCUGCAUCUAGUGUGCACAUUUUGGGGGGUUUUCAUGCAACAAUUUAUACCUACAGUGUAGUUUAAGAACGUGACGACAUUGGAGCAGAAUAUCCAACUGCAGGAUAUCAUCUGAGGCUCUUCCUAAGGGCUUUUAGAAGCAGCCAUAGGCAUGUCUUCAGCAGACCAAAUAAAGCACCUUAAAAACAAGAGAGAAUUUUAUUUGACUUACGUAUAUAUAAUCUGACGAGUUUCUUUUUUUUUAAGUGAUGAUUUCAUGGCUGGCAUUUAAAGAAUGCAACUAUGUCAUUUUGUUUUAAAAAUGCUGUAGAUUUUGAAAGUGAAUUAAAGAGCUGUAUAGACAUGCCCAGAGAUACGGUUACAGAUUUGGGAAGUAGAUGGUUCAGGAUUUCCCUAGGAUUGUUGUGUGGGUAGAGGGACGGGGAGGACCUUUAACUCGCUUUACAGGAACCUUGGUGCUCUUUUACCUCAAAGCCAAGGAUGGAAAAGAGAGAGUGGGAACAUAACAUGUCUCCUUUUCCUUCCCUAAAGGAGUUUCAAUGCUGAACUUUUAAAAUCUUUCUAUCAUAGUCUAGCAAUAUUUUUUUCCUUUACCCCACACAUUAUAAGUUGUGUGGAGAAACUGUCUCACUAAAAAGUAUUACUGAGAUAACAAAAACCGGCUAAUAUAUUGAAUCUCGAUUGCUUGAGUUUUCCAGUGGACUGCCUGACUUUGUUACUGCUACAUAGCGUACGGUAUGUUGGCAUUACCUCAAACUCAGGGACCCCAAAGGGACAGAAGGAGAACCCCUUUCUAAGACUGAAUUGGCAGUGGAAGGUAGUGAUGGGUUUUGGCCAAGCAUCUAGAAGGGAUAGUAUCUGUAUUGAGAGAAACUUUAAGACCAGGAGGUGGGGAUACCCAAGCUCAGACCCUGGGAUCCCUGAGAUGUCCUCGCUGAGAGGUGGAGGGCCAGUGCUGGGGCCACUGCAAGUGCCCUUUGGGGAAGGUCCAGGGGUCCUCAGCUGCAAACCCAGGGAAUCCCUCCAAGUGCAGCCAGAGUCAGUCCCUGACCCCUGCCUGCUCCCUGUCGCUGCUCCGCAUCCUCCUGUGUCACGGGAAUGUUGUGGCCGAGGCAUCCUGCCUUAGUCUUCGUUUUCCAAACCUGUCACUGAUUCCACGUUGCGAUGACAGAUCCCUUAAUUCCCCCAUCGCUCAGCCUCAGGUUUGUUUGGGGGGAAAUUCAGUGUCUGGCUACCUAAGUCUUUCGGGCCAUUGUGUACGGUCGUUUGUAUAUCACUCCUCUCUCUGGGAUGCAGUCACUCUCACACUGCCCUGGCAAACUUGUAUGCAUACACACACACACACACACACACACACACACACACACACACAAUAUCUCAUACACAUGAUAUCUCAUCUGCCUAAGGCUUUUUAAAACUACACAGAUAAAUAAUCUGUUUCACUAGUUGGAAUGAGUUGCAACUAAGAUUGUUUGAGCUACUGGGUCUGGCUCUAAUGGUCUGGAUUCAUUACAGCAAACUCCUAUAAUUCAGAAUAUUUAUUUACACUAGUGUGACAACACAUGAACAAAAAUGGAGCAGUCUGAAUUGUAUAAAGUGAACUAAAGAGGAAGAAAAGUGACAUGGAUAUAUUUUGCAAAUGUCACAUUAGUUAAAAAACAGGUAUGAUUGAUUUUAUUGUUUUAAAGUGGGCAUUCUUCAGUUUCCAGACCUCUGUAUGUAUACUUUUAUCCUUUUUUUUUCUUUGUUUUUGCCAAAUAAAGUGUCAUUUUGGUCCUUUGUUGGUAGAGGUUAUGUUUAAAUACAACCAAUGAGGCCCUAAGUGCAAAAAAGUUCCGUCUUGGUGCUUAUCACUAUUAUAAUGUUAUUUUUGCUUUUCUAACUUUGCUCUUAGGAGCAUAAAUCUGUUUGUAGCUUUAUGGUAAUAGAAUAUUUCUAGUCACAUACUGUCAAAAAGUUUUUUACAUUGUACAAGUGAAG